UCUUCUUUCAAGCCUAAUUAUUAUUCUCUGUCUACUUCCUAUCUCUAGCACAGUUUCUUGUAUAUCUCCCCUUUUGUCCUCAAUUUUCACCCCUUAAUAAACGACAAGGUUUGAUUUAUUGAGAAAAAAAGAUGAGUUGCAAUGGAUGCCGAGUUCUUCGAAAAGGAUGCAGUGAGAAUUGCAUUCUUAGGCCUUGUUUACAGUGGAUUGAAAGUUCUAUAGCCCAAGGUUAUGCCACUGUCUUUGUAGCCAAGUUCUUUGGCCGUGCAGGUCUCAUGUCCUUCAUUUCCGCCGUCCCAGUUAACCAUAGGCCUGCUGCUUUCCAGUCCUUGUUAUAUGAAGCUGCUGGAAGGACAGUGAACCCUAUAAAUGGCGCUGUUGGCCUUUUAUCAACCGGAAACUGGAAUGUUUGCCAGGCGGCGGUGGAGACCGUCCUCCAAGGCGGCAAAUUGCUGCCGAUUUCGCUUGAUGAUUCUUUGGAAUGCACGGCUGACAUAUACAAGCUCCAAAAUCCUAGCCUAAAUUCAAGGCACAAGGUGCAAAAGCGCCGACGUUUACCAGAUGAACUCGGAAAAUUAAUGCAAGAAGCUGAUCUUGAUCUGAGUUUAACAAGUGGGUUUGAGUGGAAAACGCCCAGCCCUUUUGCUGAGAAGCGCCGAAUAGGGAGCCCUUCAAUGAAUUCUGAAGAAUCUGGGACAAGUACAUGUGAAAAUCAGCUACCAAGUAAAAGAAAGCUUCUUAAUUUAUUUAAUUAGGUCAAAGAAAUUAAGCUGUAAAAUUCUUUUUAUUAGGAUUAGCUGUCCCGAAAUAAUAUUCCGGCGAGUUUUUGUAAACCACUGGUACAAGACUUCCCUACUUCUCUUCUUGA